CUCUGAUCUCCGGAUGAUGGAAACAAACCAACACAAAACAAACCAGUUCUCAUGUUCUCAGACAUUAUUUGUAAACAAAAACUGAAAGUCGAAAACUCAUAAAAAUCAUAAAAAUAAACAAAUAGAUACAGUGAAAGACGAAAAAUGGAAGCACUUAAAGCGGAAAUCGCCAGGAAAAGAAAGCUUCUAGAAGAUAGUAAGGUGUUGACUCCCGGUCAAAAAUAUUUCAAACGAAAUGAUUUGCUGGCAAAGCAGGAAGCGGACUAUUUGAAAAACCAAUCAUCCACAUCAAAACCAGAGGAGGCUGCAACUAGUCAGCUGAAUAAAGAAAGCAGUGGAAAUGAAGACGUUGGACGCACCUUGCCGAGAAAAGAAGCGAUUCGAAGGCUUCGGGACCGAGGUGAACCCAUUUUGCUCUUUGGAGAAUUGGAAGUGGAUGCGUUCAAGAGGCUUAGAAAGCUGGAAAUUCUCGAACCCGAAAUAAACAAGGGAAUGAGAAACGACUUCCAAGCAGCCUUGGAAGAAGUCGACGAGGAGCAGUCAAAGGAGGAAAUGCUGUACAAAAAGAAAGGCGAGGGUCGAGACGAGGACGCCGGUCCCUCAGGCGAAGGAGACGGCAGCAACACGCCCAAGACCGACGACGAGGUCGAGGAGGACUCAUGGGAGAAGAUCAAGGAAGACGCCGCUGCCCAGCUAGACAAGGGCAGCAGACACACAGACAUGGCCAUCAUCUUGAGGCUGCUGAAGUUCCUCCUCAACAUGUGGGGCGACGAGAUGAAAGGCAGGUCACAGGGCGAGAAAUCGAGUACAAAAGGCAGGAAUGCGUUGGCCAUGUUCAAGCAGACACAGCUCUACGUCAAACCACUCUUUGCCAAACUGAAGAAAGGAAACCUUCCUGACGAUAUUUCAGACAGUUUGACUGAUAUUGUCAAGCACCUUUUGAACAGAAAUUACCUCAAGGCCAACGAUUGCUACCUUAUGAUGGCGAUAGGAAACGCUCCCUGGCCCAUUGGCGUGACUAUGGUCGGCAUUCAUGCAAGAACAGGUCGAGAAAAAAUUUCUUCAAAGAACGUGGCCCACGUAAUGAACGACGAGACGCAAAGAAAGUACAUUCAAGGCCUGAAAAGACUGAUGACAAAGUGUCAGCAAUAUUUCACCACAGACCCAUCCAGAUGUGUCGAGUACACUAAAUUGGAGUGAUAUUUUGAACCAAAGUGAGAGAUCAAGGAAUGAAUGUAUUCUGUUGUAAAUGUAUCUAAAUUGUGCGUCAAAAAUAUUUUUAUGAUGUA